AUGUCUCAUUCAAGCGAAGCCUGCUGUGCAGCAGUUUAUCAGGAUGAGGUGUAUGCAGAUAUUGACAUUGAACCAGGAGAAAUACUGAAUGGUGACGCCAAUCGAUACUUCAUUUUGGAGUUCAUCGACAGCGGAACUUAUGCUAAAGUUGUCAAAGCAAAAAAUGUCAUCACAAGGGAGUCAGUCGCCCUGAAGAUCAUGAACAACGAAGACAAAGAAGUCAUUGCGAACGAGAUUAAGAUACUGCAAACUCUUAGGACUCUAGACGCUGACAAGUCUAACAUUGUGCAGUUCUUUGAGACGUUCGAGCACAAUGGACACACCUGUCUAGGUAUGUAGAUUAUAUUCCAUUUCACCAUUCUGUUUUACUGUUGAAUUAAAGUAUUUUUUUGGAUAUCAGAGAUAUGUGGUAAAAAGUUGGACGUUUACUGCACUAAAAACAUCUUGUAAAAUAUCAGGUCUAAUUUCAGUACCAAACACUGGAUACCAUUGUAUUUAAACCUAGAUAUUCAGAAAGUACUCAUUUGGUCUAAAAUACUUUACAAAGGCAUAACUUUUUUUGGUUAGAAAUAAAAGAGAAAAUAUUUCAGAUUUUGCAGAUUUUACUUUUUAUAAUUCAUGUAUUUUAAUGCUCUUUAGUGUUACUCUUACCUUGUUUUUUCUCAUCUAAUCCUGUCUUUUUUUUUGUCUUAUCUUUUUGUAGCCUUUGAAAUGCUGGACAAAAGUCUUUUGGAUCAAUUGAAUGAAAACCGUAUGCCAUUCUCUCUUCAUGAGAUUCGUCCAAUCACCCAGCAACUUCUGUCGGCCUUUGAUGCCCUGGCAUACAUCGGGAUCAUAUACACUGACCUAAAGCCUGACAAUGUUAUGUUGGUUAACCAGAGAGACCAGCCUUUCAGAGUCAAACUUAUAGACUUCGGUGUGUCCGUUAAGACCUCUGAGGUGGACGACAGUUUGGGAAUGCCGACAGUCCCUUACAGAGCUCCUGAACUGUUCCUGGGCCUCCCCUCCUCAGAGGCAAUAGACAUGUGGGCUCUGGGGUGUAUUCUGUUUGAAAUGUUUCUCUUUGACUACCCAUUUGGUGAUGGCUUCAGUGAGAUUGGGACCAUGGAGGACAUCGUAGCCAUCAUGGGUCAGCCAGCUGAUCACCUCCUCGAUGCUGGAAAAUUCACAACACACUACUUUGUAAAGAACCCAUUCUCAGAACACCCCAAAUGGUUGGUGAAAAACCAGACAAAAACUGGUCUUGAACCUGAACCCUGCAAACUGAGAGUAAAUUCUCUGGAGGAUCUGGUCACACUUAACCUAGAGAACCAUCGGUCCAUUGAGAUCGAGGACUGCAGAGCCUUUGUGAGCCUCCUGAAGGGUCUCCUAAACACUGACCCAGAGAAGAGGAUUAGCCCCAAGCAGGCUCUAAGUCAUCCAUUCAUCACCAAGGUCCACCUGCAGGAGAAUGCUGACGGCCAGUACCUGGAAGACGCCAGGGACAAUAUGGUCAUCACUUACAGGAACAGGUCAGAGGAGAAUCAUCUUAGUUCAGCUGCUGUGGAAGACAAACAAGAAGAACCAGCUGAAGCUGAUGAUAUUGAACCAGAAGAAAUACUAAAUGGUGACUCCGGUCAAUACUGCAUUUCAAAGUUCAUUGACAGUGGAACUUUUGGUAAAGUUGUCAAAGCAAAAAAUAUCAUCACAAGGGAGUCAGUCGCCCUGAAGAUCAUGAACAACGAAGACAAAGAAGUCAUUGCGAACGAGAUUAAGAUACUGCAAACUCUUAGGACUCUAGACGCUGACAAGUCUAAUAUUGUGCAGUUCUUUGAGACGUUUGAGCACAAUGGACACACCUGUCUAGGUAUGUAGAUUAUAUUCCAUUUCACCAUUCUGUUUUACUGUUGAAUGAAAGUAUUUUUUUGGAUAUCAGAGAUAUGUGGUAAAAAGUUGGACGUUUACUGCACUAAAAACAUCUUGUAAAAUAUCAGGUCUAAUUUCAGUACCAAACACUGGAUACCAUUGUAUUUAAACCUAGAUAUUCAGAAAGUACUCAUUUGGUCUAAAAUACUUUACAAAGGCAUAACUUUUUUUGGUUAGAAAUAAAAGAGAAAAUAUUUCAGAUUUUGCAGAUUUUACUUUUUAUAAUUCAUGUAUUUUAAUGCUCUUUAGUGUUACUCUUACCUUGUUUUUUCUCAUCUAAUCCUGUCUUUUUUUUUGUCUUAUCUUUUUGUAGCCUUUGAAAUGCUGGACAAAAGUCUUUUGGAUCAAUUGAAUGAAAACCGUAUGCCAUUCUCUCUUCAUGAGAUUCGUCCAAUCACCCAGCAACUUCUGUCGGCCUUUGAUGCCCUGGCAGACAUCGGGAUCAUAUACACUGACCUAAAGCUUGACAAUGUUAUGUUGGUUAACCAGAGAGACCAGCCUUUCAGAGUCAAACUUAUAGACUUCGGUGUGUCCGUUAAGACCUCUGAGGUGGACGACGGUUUGGGAAUGCCGACAGUCCCUUACAGAGCUCCUGAACUGUUCCUGGGCCUCCCCUCCUCAGAGGCAAUAGACAUGUGGGCUCUGGGGUGUAUUCUGUUUGAAAUGUUUCACUUUGAAAACCCAUUUGGUGAUGGCUUCAGUGAGAUUGGGACCAUGGAGGACAUCGUAGCCAUCAUGGGUCAGCCAGCUGAUCACCUCCUCGAUGCUGGAAUAUUCACAACAGACUACUUUGUAAAGAACCCAUCCUCAGAACACUCCAAAUGGUUGGUGAAAAACCAGACAAAAACUGGUCUUGAACCUGAAACCACACUAAGUGUAAAUUCUCUGGAGGACCUGGUCACACUUAACCUAGAGAACCAUCGGUCCAUUGAGAUCGAGGACCGCAGAGCCUUUGUGAGCCUCCUGAAGGGUCUCCUAAACACUGACCCAGAGAAGAGGAUUAGCCCCAAGCAGGCUCUAAGUCAUCCAUUUAUCACCAUGGUCCACCUGCAGGAGAAUGCUGACGGCCAGUACCUGGAAGACGCCAGGGACAAAAUGGUCAUCACUUACAGGAACAGGUCAGAGGAGAAUCAUCUUAGUCCAGCUGCUGUGGAAGACAAACAAGAAGUACCAGCUGAAGCUGAUGAUAUUGAACCAGAAGAAAUACUAAAUGGUGACUCCGGUCAAUACUGCAUUUCAAAGUUCAUUGACAGUGGAUCUUUUGGUAAAGUUGUCAAAGCAAAAAAUAUCAUCACAAGGGAUUCAGUCGCCCUGAAGAUCAUGAACAACGAAGAAGAAGACGUCAUUGCGAACGAGAUUGAGAUACUGCAAACUCUUAGGACUCUAGACGCUGAUGAGUCUAACAUUGUGCAGUUCUUUGAGACGUUCGAGCACAAUGGACACACCUGUCUAGGUAUGUAGAUUAUAUUCCAUUUCACCAUUCUGUUUUACUGUUGAAUGAAAGUAUUUCUUUGGAUAUCAGAGAUAUGUGGUAAAAAGUUAUACGUUUACUGCACUAAAAACAUCUUGUAAAAUAUCAGGUCUAAUUUCAGACCAAACACUGGGUACCAUUGUAUUUAAACCUUGAUAUUCAGAAAGUACUCAUUUGGUCUAAAAUACUUUACAAAGGCAUAACUUUUUUUGGUUAGAAACAAAAGAAAAACAUUUGUAAAUAUUUCAGAUUUAGCAGUGGUCGUUUUAUAAUUCAUGUAUUUUAAUGCUCUUUAGUAUUACUCUUACCUUGUUUUAUGUCAUCAAAUCCUGUCUUUUUUUUGUCUUAUCUUUUUGUAGCCUUUGAAAUGCUGGACAAAAAUCUUUUGGAUCUAUUGAAUGAAAACGACACGCCAUUCUCUCUUCAUGAGAUUCGUCCAAUCACCCAGCAACUUCUAUCAGCCUUUGAUGCCCUGGCAGACAUCGGGAUCAUAUACACUGACCUAAAGCUUGACAAUGUUAUGUUGGUUAACCAGAGAGACCAGCCUUUCAGAGUGAAACUGAUAGACUUCGGUCUGUCCGUUAAGACCUCUAAGGCGGACGACGGUUUGGGAAUUCCGAUAGUUCCUUACAGAGCUCCGGAACUGUUCCUGGGCCUCCCCUCCUCAGAGGCAAUAGACAUGUGGGCUCUGGGGUGUCUUCUGUUCACAAUGUUUCACUUUGAAAACCCAUUUGGUAAUGACUUCAGUGAGAUUGGGACCAUGGAGAACAUUGUAGCCAUCAUGGGUCAGCCAGCUGAUCACCUCCUCAAUGCUGGAAAAUUCACGACACACUACUUUGUAAAGAACCCAUUCUCAGAACACCCCAAAUGGUUGGUGAAAAACCAGACAAAAACUGGUCUUGAACCUGAACCCUGCAAACUGAGUGUAAAUUCUCUGGAAGACCUGGUCACACUUAACCCAGAGAACCAUGGGUCCAUUGAGAUCGAGGACCGCAGAGCCUUUGUAAGCCUCCUGAAGGGUCUCCUAAACACUGACCCAGAGAAGAGGAUUAGCCCCAAGCAGGCUCUAAGUCAUCCAUUUAUCACAAUGGUCCACCUGCAGGAGAAUGCUGACGGCCAGUACCUGGAAGACGCCAGGGACAAAAUGGUCAUCACUUACAGGAACAGGUCAGAGGAGAAUCAUCUUAGUCCAGCUGCUGUGGAAGACAAACAAGAAGAACCAGCUGAAGCUGAAGCAUCUAUAAGCAGCUCAGCUGUAGAAGAUCCAGCUCUUACCAUCAUCUCAGAGGAGAAUCAUCUUAGUCCAGCUGCUGUGGAAGACAAACAACAAGUACCAGCUGAAGCUGAUGAUAUUGAACCAGGAGAAAUACUGAAUGGUGACUUCGGUCAAUACUGCGUUUCGAUGUUCAUCGACAGCGGGGCUUUUGGUAAAGUUGUCAAAGCAAAAAAUGUCAUCACAAGGCAGUCGGUCGCCCUGAAGAUCAUCAACAACGAAGAAGAAGACGUCAUUGCGAACGAGAUUGAGAUACUGCAAACUCUUAGGACUCUAGACGCUGAUGAGUCUAACAUUGUGCAGUUCUUUGAGACGUUCGAGCACAAUGGACACACCUGUCUAGGUAUGUAGAUUAUAUUCCAUUUCAUCAUUCUGUUUUACUGUUGAAUGAAAGUAUUUCUUUGGAUAUCAGAGAUAUGUGGUAAAAAGUUAUACGUUUACUGCACUAAAAACAUCUUGUAAAAUAUCAGGUCUAAUUUCAGACCAAACACUGGGUACCAUUGUAUUUAAACCUUGAUAUUCAGAAAGUACUCAUUUGGUCUAAAAUACUUUACAAAGGCAUUACUUUUUUUGGUUAGAAACAAAAGAAAAACAUUUGUAAAUAUUUCAGAUUUAGCAGUGGUCUUUUUAUAAUUCAUGUAUUUUAAUGCUCUUUAGUAUUACUCUUACCUUGUUCUAUCUCAUCAAAUCCUGUCUUUUUUUUGUCUUAUCUUUUUGUAGCCUUUGAAAUGCUGGACAAAAAUCUUUUGGAUCUAUUGAAUGAAAAUGACACGCCAUUCUCUCUUCAUGAGAUUCGUCCAAUCACCCAGCAACUUCUGUCGGCCUUUGAUGCCCUGGCAGACAUCGGGAUCAUAUACACUGACCUAAAGCUUAACAAUGUUAUGUUGGUUAACCAGAGAGACCAGCCUUUCAGAGUGAAACUGAUAGACUUCGGUCUGUCCGUUAAGACCUCUGAGGUGGACGACGGUUUGGGAAUUCCGAUAGUUCCUUACAGAGCUCCGGAACUUUUCCUGGGCCUCCCCUCCUCAGAGGCAAUAGACAUGUGGGCUCUGGGGUGUCUUCUGUUCACAAUGUUUCACUUUGAAAACCCAUUUGGUAAUGACUUCAGUGAGAUUGGGACCAUGGAGAACAUCGUAGCCAUCAUGGGUCAGCCAGCUGAUCACCUCCUCAAUGCUGGAAAAUUCACAACACACUACUUUGUAAAGAACCCAUUCUCAGAACACCCCAAAUGGUUGGCGAAAAACCAGACAAAAACUGGUCUUGAACCUGAACCCUGCAAACUGAGUGUAAAUUCUCUGGAAGACCUGGUCACACUUAACCCAGAGAACCAUGGGUCCAUUGAGAUCGAGGACCGCAGAGCCUUUGUGAGCCUCCUGAAGGGUCUCCUAAACACUGACCCAGAGAAGAGGAUUAGCCCCAAGCAGGCUCUAAGUCAUCCAUUUAUCACAAUGGUCCACCUGCAGGAGAAUGCUGGCAGCCAGUACCUGGAAGACGCCAGGGACAAAAUGGUCAUCACUUACAGGAACAGGUCAGAGGAGAAUCAUCUUAGUCCAGCUGCUGUGGAAGACAAACAACAAGUACCAGCUGAAGCUGAUGAUAUUGAACCAGGAGAAAUCCUGAAUGGUGACUUCGGUCAAUACUGCGUUUCGAUGUUCAUCGACAGCGGAGCUUUUGGUAAAGUUGUCAAAGCAAAAAAUAUCAUCACAAGGGAGUCAGUCGCCCUGAAGAUCAUGAACAACGAAGACAAAGAACUCAUUGCGAACGAGAUUGAGAUACUGCAAACUCUUAGGACUCUAGACGCUGACAAGUCUAAUAUUGUGCAGUUCUUUGAGACAUUCGAGCACAAUGGACACACCUGUCUAGGUAUGUAGAUUAUAUUCCAUUUCAUCAUUCUGUUUUACUGUUGAAUGAAAGUAUUUCUUUGGAUAUCAGAGAUAUGUGGUAAAAAGUUAUACGUUUACUGCACUAAAAACAUCUUGUAAAAUAUCAGGUCUAAUUUCAGACCAAACACUGGGUACCAUUGUAUUUAAACUUUGAUAUUCAGAAGUACUCAUUUGGUCUAAAAUACUUUACAAAGGCAUUACUUUUUUUGGUUAGAAACAAAAGAAAAACAUUUGUAAAUAUUUCAGAUUUAGCAGUGGUCGUUUUAUAAUUCAUGUAUUUUAAUGCUCUUUAGUAUUACUCUUACCUUGUUCUAUCUCAUCAAAUCCUUUUUUUUUUUUGUCUUAUCUUUUUGUAGCCUUUGAAAUGCUGGACAAAAAUCUUUUGGAUCUAUUGAAUGAAAAUGACGCGCCAUUCUCUCUUCAUGAGAUUCGUCCAAUCACCCAGCAACUUCUAUCAGCCUUUGAUGCCAUGGGAGACAUUGGGAUCAUACAUACUGACCUAAAGCUUGACAAUGUUAUGUUGGUUAACCAGAGAGACCAGCCCAAAUGGUUGGUGAAAAACCAGACAAAAACUGGUCUUGAACCUGAACCCUGCAAACUGAGUGUAAAUUCUCUGGAAGACCUGGUCACACUUAACCCAGAGAACCAUGGGUCCAUUGAGAUCAAGGACCGCAGAGCCUUUGUAAGCCUCCUGAAGGGUCUCCUAAACACUGACCCAGAGAAGAGGAUUAGCCCCAAGCAGGCUCUAAGUCAUCCAUUUAUCACAAUGGUCCACCUGCAGGAGAAUGCUGGCAGCCAGUACCUGGAAGACGCCAGGGACAAAAUGGUCAUCACUUACAGGAACAGGUCAGAGGAGAAUCAUCUUAGUCCAGCUGCUGUGGAAGACAAACAAGAAGAACCAGCUGAAGCUGAAGUGGCUAUAAGCAGCUCAGCUGUAGAAGAUCCAGCUCUUACCAUCAUCUCAGCGGAGAAUCAUCUUAGUCCAGCUGCUGUGGAAGACAAACAAGAAGAACCAGCUGAAGCUGAAGCAGCUAUAAGCAGCUCAGCUGAAGAAGAUCCAGCUCUUACCAUCAUCUCAGAGGAGAAUCAUCUUAGUCCAGCUGCUGUGGAAGACAAACAAGAAGAGCCAGCUGAAGCUGAAGUGGCUAUAAGCAGCUCAGCUGAAGAAGAUCCAGCUCUUACCAUCAUCUCAGAGGAGAAUCAUCUUAGUCCAGCUGCUGUGGAAGACAAACAAGAAGAACCAGCUAAAGCUGAAGCAGCUAUAAGCAGCUCAGCUGUAGAAGAUCCAGCUCUUACCAGCAUUAACCUGUCCGAGGAGGAUGUUUUCAACACAAGUGAGCUAGUGAGGUUUGACUCUGAUCCUCAACUUGUAAUAGGUCCAUCUGUGAGAAGGAGAGGUGGCCCACUAAGACGGGUCAGACGUUUCUUUGGCAGAGUCUUCAGGGCCAUGUGUUGUUGUCUCCCGCCUAGGGAUGACUAGAACGUCCUGUGUUUGGAUCCGGGUCAGGGUGUUUCUGUGUGGAGUUUGCAUGUUCUCCCUGUGUCUGUGUGGGUUUACUCCGGGUGCUCCGGUUUCCUCCCACAUUCUUUCAACAAAAAAAAAAAAAUAAAUAAAAAAACCCUUGUGGUUUUUCCCUCCCAUGGGAGGGUUUUAAUUCCCCUCCUCGAGCUACCACCUUACCGUGGUGGAGGGGUUUGUGUGUCCUGAUGAUCCCAGGAGCUAAGUUGUCGGGGCUUUAUGCUUCUGGUAGGUUCAACCAUGGCAAACAUGUCCUGGGGGAGGGAUCAGACUAAGGGUAGCUCAAAUAGACCUUUUUUGAUGAGUAAAAUAUUUAGUAUCCAGUUUUCCUCACACGGGUUACUGAGCCACCCAGGUGAUGGCGUGCACCUGGUGGCUGGGCCUGCACCCAUGGGGCCGGCUGGGCACAGCCAAAAGAGGCAACGUGGGACCCCCUUCCCUUGGGCUCACCACCCAUAUAGCAGGGGCCAAAGGAGUUGGGUGCAAUGUGAGUUGGGCUGCAGCUGAAGGUGGACCCUUGGCAGUCUGAUCCUCGGCUGCAGAGUCUAGUUCUGGGGACAUGGAAUGUCACCUCCCUGGUGGGAAAGUAGCCUGAAUUGGUGUGCGAGGUGGAAAGGUUCCAUCAAGAUAUAGUCGGAAUCACCUCAACACGUAGUGUGGGCUCUGGAACCAGCUCUCCCCAGAGGGAGAAUUAUCUGAUCUAGAUUAUACAGUUUUAACUGAAUUAUGUUUUUUGUGCAUUUUUGUAGGCCAUAUUUUGGACCACCAUGUGUCUAUGGUAGCACAGAAUGGACAAACCAUGCGCCAUAUGCAUUUUUUUAGGUAAUAGUUGCCAAUCAAUAUUGCACUGGUAGGAGGAGAGGUGCUGUUGUGCAGAAAACAAUCUUUUUUGACUGAUGUUGUUGACUUAAAACUUCAUAAUUAUUCAUAGUUAACAUGUUUUGUGUGUUGGCUGAGUGUUGAGAUGGAACCAGAAUGCAACACCAGACGGGGGUGGGGGGCAAAACAGGUUUAUUGAAGUUAGUGCUUUUCCAGGUGAAGGAGACAGGGUCCGGGAGAUGUCCAGGUGCUCAGUGGCUGGCUGGCUGGAGGAGUGAGGGUUAAAACCAGAAAAAGCAGGCACUGGAAAAAUCUUCAAAUGUAGGUUACGAUAUCUCAAUUGUGUUCUGUAGCCAAGCACCGCUGCGUAUAGGCGAAAAUACUCUGGCGCUUAGGCAUGAGUCUGAAGUGGUCUUAAAGCCGGAUUGUGGAGCACAGGUGUGUGUGAUCAGCCUCAGCGCCGCAAGGGGGAAGGGAGCAGCCUCUUCAAGCAGGUGAUAGACAGCAAGACAUAUCCGCCCAAAAGGGCAGACUCCAGCCAACCAAAACAAAGAAAAAGUCCGUGCUCACCAUAUUUUGUUUCUUACAGAUAUUUUCACUGUUAGAGUGGUUUCACAUAAAGGACUAGGGCCUGUAUUUACUUGACUCCAAAGUUCUAUGUAUUUGAUCAGUUUGAACAGAAUCGCACUCGAGUAUGAGUACUGUAUCCACUUUUAAGAGGUGGUCUUUGGCACUGCUUACGUGUAUUUGCGCACAUUUCACAGGAGAUGAGCUGAACUGUACAGACAUGGAAGUGGGCCACUGUAAAAUGGUAAAACUAUUCAAUUCUGAGUUUGUGUUAAAACAUAUGUUGUUGUCAACAUAGCACCAAAGGUGUCAGAAUUUACCGAAUGACACCUAAUGACAACUGUAAUUCCCUCUCAAGUCGAAAUCACGAAACCAGGUCGUUCUUUAUGUUACAGGUUUUAAUCACACGAUGAGCAUGAUAGUGUGCCGUGAGAACUGUCAGACAUUACAGACAGAAAGCAAAUAAAAAAACACAUUACUUACAUGUAAAGACAUCAAAGAAACAACGUGACUCGACAGAAAUCCGUCACAUUAGAUCCUUAAAGUUUACCAAAAUAACAGUAUACAAACACAAAAUGUACCUCAUUGGCCGCUUUCCUUUGAGAGAAAAUUAGAAAUCUUCCUUCAGUCUUUCGAUGCACUAUGCACUUUACAACAUCUUCAACAUUAGCUGUUCUUAGGCAGAGCAAUUAGCUAGGUGUCUGCCUGCUGCUAGCUUGAUCCAGAAUGAUAUCUGAUGCACGUUACCAAUCAAAACGUAGCGAUCUUCAAAGUAACACUCCGCCAACCUGUGACAGUAACUUUGGUUCCCCCUCAAUUAAGACUUGAAACCAUAUCAAAACCAAACAAAAAAUACCUGAAAUAAAUUCAAUGUUGCUUUUAAUAUUAAACUAUUGUCAGUAGAAAUGUAUAUAUUUAUGAACUUAAUCUUUUUAACUUAAUAUUUAUUAAUCUAUUUAUUCUGACCUUGAUGGCAGCUACAACAACCUUCAUAAGCCUUAUUCAUGUUAAUGACAGAUUCCAUGUCAUGAUUAUGACAACAUAAAUUCACUCUUAUGUACCAAAAGUUUCAACUACAAGGCCCUAAUCACAGAUCUAGCCUCACUUGCAGUUGUGAUUACUGUGUUCUGCUAACAUGAUGUAUCAUGACUUUAUAUUCUAUGAAUAAGCAUUGCUUAAUCUGUAUUGAAUGCAUUGAAAGUUGUUGCUUAUUUGUUUUUUGUGAAAAUAAAGGAUUAUUCCCUCCCUUUCUAUGUAGUAAAUCAAUUUUGCUAGAUUAUACUGAUGCUGAUGUGUUUUGUUUUCCUAACAUCAUAAACGUGAGUAAGUGGCCUUGACAAGGACAUACUUGUGCAUAUGUACAUCUAUUAGCAUUUGCACAUCUGUACAUCAAAAAGCACUUGAUGAUAGUUGGAUAUUGAAGUAUCGAGUAUAUUAAUUGUAUAUUACGAUGGUUUAUUCAGUAUAGUGAUGGAAAGAGUGUAUAUAGUGUAAUGAUUUCCUAAUCAGUGUUUUUAAAGUUGAACCCAGAAGCAAAUCCGAGGCAGAGGAAGUUUUGAAAGGUUUAUUGUUAGUAGUGGUGAAGAAAGGGAGGUAAUCCAAGGUCCGGGGUGCUGGGAGACUCUGAGGUGCAAGUGAGCGAUAUGGAGGUAGGUGAGUGCUCCGGUGUGAGAGUGUUGGCAGCAUGGCAGAGGUUGGGGCUCGGAGGAACGGGCUCGAGGAGGCACUGAAGGAGAAAAGAGGAGAGCAGGGGUAAGCACAGGUAAAAUGCACAAGUAGCGAGAAUAUACAAACUUUUGAUACUCGUAGUUGUCGGUCUGAUACUCAAGAUAAGCUGAAAUCAUCUGACGCUGAGGAGCCUCACAGUAGUGCUUAAGAGGGCACAGUGAUUGGAGAUGAGAUGCAGGUGUGUACAUUCUGGAGGUGCCAGAGUAGGGGAGGAGCUGCCCAACUACUGAGGGAAACAAGGGAGUACUAAUGCAGCUUCCUUAUGAUGAGGCUGUGGACAUGUGGUAUCUUGGUGUGUACUUUUUUACUCCACAAGAUGCUGCCCCACGGCACUGCAGACUGAAGACACCAGAGAAGUUUGAACAAGAAUCAGGAUUCCUGCCUCCGAUCAACUACCACAGUCUUGACAGUUUGGAUCAUAGACUGUAUACAGAAUGGACGCCGUCUGCCUCCUUGCCUCCUGCCUCCCCUGGGUGAAGCCACUCCGAGAACAGCACCCUCUGUUGAUGGGCUGCAUUAUAGGUCAUAAAUCCCGCCUCCGCCAGCAAAGCUUAUGGGGCUGUGGACCAACUUUAGAAAUUUAUUACACAGAACAUAACUUUUUCUCCCCCCUGCUUGCGAUGUUGACAUGUAGUUAUUGUAACUGGUUUGUGCUCAAGUCCUCUUUUUUUCUGUGAAGCUCCGUUUUUAAAAGUUAUUUGGGGGUUCACGUUUGCUAUGAUUGACACCUGAUACAGCCUAUGGGCGUUCAGGGAUUGAGUAGCUCUCCCGGGGGAUACGCUGUGUGAGCCGAGCAACAUCACAGUGACUCUCUGCGAAUGCACGGCCGAAUGCGCACAACGCUACUGCACAGCGCUGGUUUCAGGAAAUGAAGAAAAAUCCCGGAAAUACCGAGAAAUUUUUGGCUUUUUGGGUAAGAGGCUCCCAGACUCUAUGGUGUAAUUAAACACACACAGGCCGCACAUCAGGGUUUUUUCCAGGUGCUCUGGUUUCUCCCAACAGUGCAUGAUACAAAACCUUAAAAAAAAAGGAAAAAAAGAAAAACCUCAGUAACUCCGCCAAAUUGUCUCAGAUGGGUCAAUUUUGCUGGUCCCAAGCCCGGAUAAAGGAGGAGGGUUGGUUUUCUGUGCAGCUCAAUUUUUAAAGUUAUUAGGGGGUUCAUGUUUUCUUUGAUUGACACCUGAUACAGCCUAUUGGCAUUCAGGGAUUGCGUAGCUCACUUGGUGGGAUAUGCAUCACAGCGACUCUCGGCGACUCUCCUGCCGAAUGCGCACAACGCUAUUGUGCAGCACUGUUUUCAGGAAAUAAGGAAAAAUCAAUACCGAGGGCUUUUUGGCUUCAAAUCUGUAUACUGGCGGGAGGCAGAACCAAGUUGUCCAUAGUGUAUACAGUCUAUGGUACUUACACGUCACACUGAGAAAUCUCAUCGUGAGUGAAGCGCUCAGAGCGAGAGAGAAGGAAAGGUAGGGGUCGAACCAUUUUCGAAGCAUGAGGGUGCUGCUUGAUUUUUGUUGUUAAAAUAUUACGUUUUAACCCUAUCCUGUAUAUGUUUUCGACAUUUCCUCAGCUUAUUAAACAUAGACUGUUGGAAAAACAAAUGCUUAAAAAAAAAUCACUUAAAAUUUAGGGGGUGUGCUGCAGCCUUUAAACAGUCUUUGGGUAAUUAUUGAUUGAAUAAUGGGUGUGGACAGGCCUUCGUGGACGCGUCACGCUGCCGGGAAAGCCUUAAACCGUUCCAGGAUGCAGAGAGAGGUUCACCGUGUCCAAUCACAGCUGCGAGCCGGUGGGCGGUGACAGAGAAGUCGGGGCUCGAUAAAUAGUUCUGGCCGAAGACCGUGGUCGCGUGCGUCCACUAAGGCCGCUGAUUGACCGCGUGCAGGAGAUGGACACGAGCCGGGACAAAGUGCAGAAGAAGCCGGUCCGCCUCAUCGCUGCAGCCUGCAGAGGCAUGGGGAUCGGGAAGGACGGGAAGCUGCCCUGGCAUUUACCGUAAGACUCAUACCAGCAGCUGAGGAUUGAUUUAAAUUUCUUUAUUUAUUAAAAAUGACGGUUUAUGUAGACUUAUUUUAACAGAAAACACUGAAUUAAAAUGACGAAAGACAGACCUUAACCUCCAUUGAGACGGUACACUGACACAGAUGCGCAACAGCUGUAACUGGCGGUGAUGAGGAGUUCGGAUCAUUACAGUGAUUGGAACUUUUUUACUCAGCUCUGUUUGACUUUCUAACGGCUCUUUGUUUCGUUUGAACCCUUAACUUUGCAUGUUGGUAGGUGGAUAUUAAGAUGAUUUUACAUUAUUAGCACAUGCUUCUUGAACCUUUAUUUCUCAGAAACACUGAAAAAUUAUGUAUUUCAGAGGUGUGCUGAGUUUAAAGUUUUGACGCUUCAAAAAUAACAACAGUAAACACACAUUUUUGUUAUUGUAAAUAAUUUUGGGCAUAAUUGAUCACAGAUUACCUUUGUUUUUAAGGAUUGGAUCCAGAUCAUAUCUUCAGACCAAUCAGAGAAUUUAUCUUAAUUCAGCCUACCUGUAAAGGGUCCAAUCAGAAACCAUGCCUUCCCAUCUCUGCAGAAUGAAAGCAAUCAAGUUUGUGUUGCUGUCCCAAAAAAACUACUUUUUUUCCACAUAGAUAAUCCACAGGAAUUUAUGUGCAGAUAAAUUGUCUAACUUGACAGCAGAAAUAAACAUAUGUAAAACCUGGUUACAAAGGAAAGCAACAGUUUUGAUCCCCAGAGCUCAUUUAUGUUCUACAUUUGAAUGAGAAGCAAUGAAUGAGUAAGCAUAUCAAUUAUAAGUCUAUCAAGACUAAAAGUUAUGGAUAAAUUAGCAUGGGUCAAGACCACUUUAGCCUUGUCUCUGUACAUGUCUGACUAAGUGAAGGUAACUUGGUGUCAUUAUUCCCAAUAUGGCUUCAUGAGCUCUUUUAGAAACCAGUGGGUCACUUCACUGGGGCUAGAACCACCAUAGGAAAUACCUAGUUGGGAGUACCUCUCUCCAAAACUGCCUGAUUUGUUGUUAAUGUGUCUCUUGCAGAUCAGAGUUCCAGUAUUUUCUCAACACAAUCACACAGGUCUCCAAACCAGGUAAAUAAGCCCAGUAUUAAUAAGUCAUCCUGUAUGUUUUUUUAUUUUUUUUAAGAUUGUGGGUCCAAACUUGAGCCUUUAUUUUACCACUAAGAGCUAAAAGGUCUUCAUGCCAAACUUUGGAAGUAGAGUUUGGUGAUAUUUUGAUGUACACACACUGCUUGGUCAGCAUCACAAUCAGACAUUCCUGGGAGGGUAUUCAGGUUGGUUGCAUUUGGUCACAUACAAGAUAAAGGCAUUAAAAGUCUCAUGUUAAAGUAUUUUUGUCCUAGUUGAAUUCAUCCUCUCACUUUCUAAUCUCAUCAUCAAUGCAGUGAUCUAAAUGGGCAGGGAUGCUAUGAUAAUGAGGUGUUGUGCUGAUUUGUUUGAGGGAUGAGGAUACAGACUGGUUACAGCCUCAAUGCAGAGGCAGAAAACCACCAAAUCGAAUAUGGCGAGCCCCCCAGAAGAACCUGCAUCAGUAUACUACACCAAAACAGGGCGAUGUCAUUGUUCAAGAGCUGCAGCUGCUUGUCUUUGAGCAGCUCCUUAACAUUUGAGGUUAAUUCCUUCUUUCAUGGCUUUUGGUGCAACUUUUUGGUCGGUUUUUGUCGUUGAAGCAGUCCAGAUUGAAAGUUGUGCACUGAGUGUUGUUAACAAUAAAAAGCAGCCAUUGUGUUCUUUGGUUUUAUUCAGUACCAGAACCAAAUAUAGACAUUUGUGUUGUUUUUGAAACCAACAACAGAGCAGUUUGCAUGCCCAGCUUUAUCAUUUGACAUCUUGACUCUGCAACACAGAUGCAAAACCGAACAGAUUGAUAUGUGGUAGAGGUUUUGCAUGCGUGCUUAUGCAAAUCACGCCUGUUACAUCACUGCAGGAGCAAAUUCAUAUUACUGUGGAGGAGCACUGUUUUCAAAGACAAUGCAAAAGUCUUUGACUUCCUUAUUCUCAGGGGGAUGACAAAAGCAUAUACAUUUUGGCAAGGCAAAACACGUUUGAUAUUAUAUUGGCCCUUUAAAAAAUAUAAGAAAUAUGAAUAGAGUUUAUUCAUUCUUUCCCUCAGUUAAUUUAAUCUCAUUUCUUUGAUACAGACUGUAAAGGUCCUGAAACCCAGUCCUGUAUUCUGUGCCCACUGUUAAGAUAAAACGCUUUCUGUCUAAGAGGUUUUUAUUUGAACUUUUUCAGGGAAGAUGAACCUGCUGGUUUGGGGUAAACUGUGCUGGUACUCAAACCCAGAAACUAUGUUCCCAGUGGCCAAUAACCUGCAUGUGGUGCUGAGUAAGACACUCAAGUGAGUAACACUCAGCUACACACACAAACACACACUGUUUUCACAGAUUCGACACAAACCCAUCCCAUGUUUUCACUGUAAGGGUGCGUUCACACCACCCUCAUUUAGUCUGUUUGGACUGAACCCUGGAGCUUUUACCCCCUUGGUGCAGAUCAUUUGAGUCGAUGUGAACACUGACCUCGAACUCUGGUGUGGAUCAAAUAAACAAACUCUGGUCCGCCUGAAGAGGUGGUCUUGGACCGCUAUCAAGUGAAAUCUGGAGCGGUUCAUUUCUGGUGUGAAUGUCAUCUACACCAAUCACAGGAAAGGCAUGUGAUGACCAAUAACCGAACGAUAUUCAAAACAAAUGUUUUGUCUUGCCUUGGAUUCGAAUCAGGCAAUGGACCUUUAGGUGUGAACACGACCUAAUUCACCACAAGCAUUUCUCCUCUCACAGCACAGUUCCAGACCACGCCCACUUCCUGUGUCAGAACUUCGAGACAGCCAUCCUCCUUGCUGUUCGACCCCCCCUUGCUGAUCUGAUCGAGACCAUCUGGGUUGUUGGAGGGACACAAGUCUACAAGGUGAACACAAAACACACAAAAAUUCAAUUUUUGUAUUUCAUGCAAACAAGAAAAAAAACGUGUGUGAGAUCUAAUUAUCCUGUGGGGAUAGACUAAUUAUCUUGGAUGCACAAGUUAAAAUAUUUACUUUUAGAGGCGCUAAUGAGCAGGAUAUGGAGUAAGACAUUUUUUCCGGUUCCCAACAUUGGCAGUCGUGUCAGUCUUGCAGACCAGUUUCACUGUUGAAUGUAGAUUUGCGUAUUUUAACAGGAAUCUUGGCUAGAUGAGUUAACCACAUUAUCACUCAAUUUGUCCACCUAGAUCAGACUGGAUUUAUUUCAGGAAAAUACUACAGAGAUAUUUUAUGUAGGAAAGCAAACAUAACAUUACAUCAAAGUGAGAAGAAAUUUAAGUAAAUGGCUUUAUCUUUAGAUGCCCAGAAAGUAUCAUGGCAAUUUUUAUUUCAGACAUUAAAACAAUUCAGAUUUGGACCAGAGUUUAUAAACACUCUAUUCAUGCCCAGAGGCUGCUGUGAGAGUCAUAGCUAUAAGUCAGAGAGAUCUCUAUCGCCCCUUUUAUUUGUUAUUAGUAUUGAACCACUAGCUCGGUUCAUUAGAGAUGACAUUGGUGUAAAAGACGUUGUAUUUAAUAAUAAGCUAUCACUCUAUGCGGAUGAUUUGUUAUUAUAUUUGACAGUGAAAGUUUAUGUUUGUAUAUAAAUGUGAAUGUUUAGCUGUACGUAUAUACAGUAGAUACACAAGUGUAUUUGAGUGGAUAAGUAUUUCCUUUAAAUUGUUUUGGUUAGGUGAAUUUUAUUUCCUAAGAUUUGCCUUUGGUAAAGAAGGAAAAGAAAGUUAUUUUAUGAAAGUGUACAUUUUGCACCAUUUAAAAAAGAUAAUAACAACAAUAAUAAUAAUAAUAAUAAUAAUAAAAAUUUGGUUUUUGGACUCAAGGAGCACCACACAUAAGCUUUACUGUACCCAAUGAUAAAUUUACCUCAGAAAGUUAUGCAGAGUAAGAAACAUGCCGCUCAGUCUGACCCGAUGUGCCAUAAAGCAAAUACACAAAGUCACUGUCAUAAAUACAAAUCAAAUAGAGCAAAAGAGUACUCCAUGAAAAAUACACACUUUAACAAUCUAUUUUGGUGUGAGUUUAUGAGCUUUAUUACAUUUAGUCGUCCUAGUGGGAUUGAAAAUAUUGAACACCACACACAGAUAAAAGCAGAUCCUGUUCAUGUGACCUGGUUGUGUUUAUCUUGUUUGUCAUCAGGAGGCACUGAAGCACCCGUGGUGUGACCUGAUUUACCUCACAGACGUCAUGGCUGACUUUGACUGUGACGUUUUCUUCCCUGAGUUUGACAGAAGACUGUUUAAAGAACAUGAAAGGUAAGAAAGGUUUGUGUGUGUGUGUCCCUUUAUUAGAAUGCAGAGAAGAACUCUGUCUUUUACUGUUACAUACCUGGUGAUUUUUGACAAGAUUGACGCUCUGCUGCUGUUCUAUGGCAGCUGGAUCUGGUCCAACAGCAAAUAUUAACAGUGAGGAAACUUUAUCUCAGUGUCUCAAGAUUGAAUUUGAUUUGGUUUAUAUUUUUAUUUUUUAAGCCCAGAUUUGACUCAAACUUAAAUCUCUUGAUGACACUCUUGUUAAAUGUACGGCUGCUUAUUUCUGCCGGUUGUGAUUGAAUGCCAUGUAAUAUUUUAGUUCCUAUAUGAAACAUUUGAUUUGUGAUGGUUUUGCACCCCUGUGGACACAACAGUAGCUGUUUCUUCUUUUAUUUUGUCUUUUUUAAUCUAAAUGUGCUUCACCUGGGAAGACAAAAACAUGACCCCAAAGUAAACAUAGAAACAGGUGAUGAGGCAACUGGUUACACAGAAUAAUAAGUAAUGUUAGAAGUGGGUGUGCCAAGCUUAAAAUGGCUGUUUUAAAAAGUGAUCUUUGGACUUUGAGUCAGAAUUGUAGGAAUUAAAACUGUAAGUCUAUUUUUAAUUGACUUUUGCUCCACUCCUUUUGAACUCUAUCAGACUGCAGUCUGAUUGGUUUGAAAGUCAGAAUCAGCUUUAUGGCGUACUUGACUUAAUUAUUUACACUCCACCAUUAGGAAUUUAAAUCAGGCAAACUCUUACACACAAACUGCUCUGGAAAUAAUCUUAGAAACCUCUAAACAACACUAAAAUCUAAGCGUAUGUGUGUCAACCUGCCUCAAAUAACCUCUGACAAACUAAACAUUGCACUUGGAUAACAGUCAGCAUGAUACAAAUCAACAGUAAAAAAUGUGCGUCGUUAAGAAUAUGUAUUUGAAGUGUAUUUUGACCUUGUAUUUUGAAACAUAUCCUUUCUGUUCACACACUUUGAAAUACUUUAAGUACUACUGUAAGUACCUUUUAAUAAACUCUAACUUUGAUUUUCUUGUUUUUACACAGAUUCCCUGGAGUGCCAAGUAAAAUCCAGGAGGAAAACGGCAUUAAAUACAGAUUUCAGGUUUUCAAAAAAGAGACUGCUGAUGCUGUAUAA